AUGUGGAAUUUAUUUCGAAUGCGCCGCGUCACGAUCGACCACCUGGCCGCCCAUAAUAUGGGCCCCACAUCUCAGUUUCCCGCAUAUUCAGUUUGCCUUCAAGGACCUUCACUUCGCGGCGUCGUCCCUGAUGGGCUCUACGACAUGCGUUCUAGUUCUGAUACAUCCCUCCGCCUACCUAUUUACACCGCGUUACUAAAAGUCCCCGCCAACAAUGGAGAGCUCGAGACUUUGUGUUUAUGCAGAAGUGAUGUCGAGCAGUGGUUGCAAGAAUGGGAUAUCUCUGGGGAAGAGCGCAGUCAAUUCCUCAAGUCCAUUGUCGAUGCAUUCAUACAAUCUGACCAGCCGGAAACUGCUUAUCAUUACACGCUUUCCUAUGUUUCUUCAUUACCAUCCUCUUCGCCUUCCCCGGCGAUCGAUGCCAUAGCCUUAGCAUUGCGCUUGCCCAGCUUGUUCGACUUUGACCCAUUGUUCAAGUCGGACGCUGUUGUCUCAGCAAAGGAUCACGAGCUUUUCUCGCUUCUGCAGGUGUUUUUGAAUACCAUCCCGCUGCUCUCGAAAAAUAUGAACUCAGCUCGAGCGGAAGAUCCAUCUCCUGUCAUUUGCGUCACUGGGUUUUUCACACGUCGGGGACGACCUGCCCUAUUCAGAGGUCGCGUCGAUCCUGCAGGUCUUCUUUCGGGAAAGCUCUCACAGACUACCCCAUCUCUACACGUUUACCGUUCGUCAGCGCGCACGUUUGAGCGAGAGAAAUGA